AUGGAUGAUCCCGGAGGAGGGGGGCUGGUCAGGGGGGGCUACGGGCCAGCGUGCGCGGAUGACGACCUGCCGGGCUGGCUGCCCAGGCCGGGGGCGCUGGAGCUGCAGGAGAUCGGCGAUCUGCUGGAAUUGCCCAACGGGGAGAAGGGCAGCCCGGCGGGGGUGUACCCGGGGCCGGAGCCGGCCGCUGAGCACCGCGGCUGCCCGCCGAACUGCAUGCCCAUUCCGGGCCGCAUCGGAGCUAUGGAUGACGGGCGGCCGGCGGGAUCGCGCCCGGCACCCGGGGGGCCGCACCCCUCGACGCCGGGCCGCGGCUUCUUCGUCCCUGGGUGCCGUUGCGGGUGGCGCGGGCGCCCGCACAGUCCUUGCGACCCCCCGUGGCACCCCCCGCACCCGGCUCCCUCCUCCAUCUCCUGCGCCCACCCGCCGCUGCGCGACCGCUGCCUACCGCGCCGGCCCGCCCCCAUAGUCGACCUGACGACCCCCUACCCCUACCCCUACCCCCCCCACUCGAGGCUGCCGCCGCGCCGAAAUGGCCAGAUCCCAUUCGGCGUCGCGGCGGGUCCAAUUGGCGGGAUCCCCGUCGAGCCUUGGGACGGAUCCGCGACGGCACUCGCGGUGCGGCGCGGGCCGAGGUUCGAUCGGCGGGAAGUGUUCUCGACGGUGUUCAGGCCCUUCGGCAUGGUCAAGGAGGCUGGCCCCGGGCCGACGCUGGAGGACCUGAACGACGCCAUACGGGCCCAGGCCCUGGGCACGGAGUACGAAAAGUUCUUCUGGGCCCCAGGGGCCGGGGGGCUGGACGGCGCCAGGCGCCGCGUGGCGCCAGGUGGCUGGCAGCGGUGA